AAGCGAGUCGAUAGUAGAAAGAAGAAAUAAUAGCCACGGGUGGUAAAACGAUACUCUCGACUGGGAGUUACUCCGUCCGUCGAUAAGCCGUUUCCCUACGAUUAUUUUGCUUUGUUGUAAAAUUGUCUUUCAGAAUUGGCAAAUGUUAUCGGAAGCGUAUUACGUGGCGUUUGGAACUUUUUUCCUGAUUUUGCUGGUUUCGAUCAGGUAUAAAAACUUCUGGCGGGAAAUAAUCGACUGGAAGAGAAUUAAAGCCUACGGGUACAGUUGGGUUUUAUAUUUACACAUCCUAAAAACCAUUAGAGACGUUCCGUUCGUCAUGCCCGGCAUUAUUCAUCGUUUCAAAAGCAGGGGAUUUAUCUACGGAAACGUUUUUUCCCGAAAGUUCGUAUUGCUGUAUCACCCCCGACCUUUGGAAAAUCUGCUGAGCGAUUCGGAAAAUAUCGACCGACCUUUGGUGCAGAAGUUGGUUCGUGGAAUAGGAGAAAAUUCCUUAAUGUUUAGGUGAGUAACGUCGGAGAUAAGUGACUUUUAAACUCUUAUUUCCUGCUAAAUCUCGAUUACUUUCGCGUCUUAUUACUCUUAAUUCUAAAUU